ACGGCCGAAGAAAGUGCAUCUUUGAUUGGGCUGUUCUGUCCCCGAACGAGUUUGUUGUUUUUCCGUCUGUUCGUAGUCUAUGGAAGUACCUACAUAUGCUCACCCAUGUGCUGUUUUGAAUUCCUCAGUUAGCGGCAGAACGUUGACGGUUGAAGAUUACUCUGCGAUUGUCUAAUCUGGGUUAUAAAUAUUGCAACUCAAAACAAUGUUCCUAUUUUCGCUUAUUGGACUUUGUGUUGUUAUCUACUAUGUGAUUCAGUUGUUAGUGUAUUAUUUCCUCGACUGUGAUUUGGAGUUGUAUUUACUCUCAAAAGUGGGAAAGCCUAUUGAAUCCCUGCGUGGAAAGGUAAUAUGGAUCACUGGAGCGUCCAGUGGAAUUGGUCGUGAUCUAUCCAUUAUUCUGGCGAAGCAUGGCGUACGGCUUUGUCUGUCGUCGCGCAAACAAUCGGAGCUCAUGAAAGUGAAGCAAGAGUGUUUGCAGGCAUCAAGAGGAUAUCUGCAUGGCAACGACAUCUUCGUUAUGCCGAUGGACAUGCUCGAUAUCGAUGGCCACCAGAAGUACUUCGAUCAGGUGAUCGAUCACUUCAAAACGCUGGACAUUCUGGUGAACAAUGCUGGGCGAUCACAGCGCGCGGAAUGGAACACCAUUCAGCUGAACGUGGAUCGGGAGCUGUUCGAACUGGACGUUUUCGCCGUGGUCAACCUGUCCCGGAUCGCGUUGAACUAUUUCAUUAGGAAAGGCGUACAGGGUCACAUUGCCGUGACCAGUAGCAUCACGGGACUUGUUGGGUUCCCUAACUCGGCAACGUACACUGCGGCGAAGCAUGCGUUACAUGGCUAUUUCGAGACACUCCAGAACGAGUCAUUCCCAGUUGACGUAUCCAUUUUCUGCCCAGGACCGACGGCUACGAAUUUUCUACAGGAAUGUUUCACGAGUACAUCUGGAGAGAAAUUCAACAAACCUGUCAACGCCGAUGAUCGUCGCCUUACCAGUGAACGGUGUGCCGAGCUGUAUGCGAUAGCUCUAGCCAAUAAAACCCCACUCAGCUGGGCCGGUACCCGUCCAAUGAAUUUCAUUUUCUACAUCGGUUGUUACUACCCGAACGUGAGACGAUUGCUUAUUAACACACUGGGAAUUGCCAACAUCGAUCGACUCAGAAACGGUCGUCCACUUGGAUCCGAUUGAUUUAAACAUAGGUCUCUACAUACCGUGAUAACUUUUUUAAUCUUACCUGCUUGUUUUGAAUCUCCUUUUUAAAUAAAUCAAUGCACCCACCUUGUCGAGAAAAUUAA